UGGAGCGAAGAGGAACUGUGCCGCUCCGGUCAUCAGACGGCCCGAAACAGGCACCGGCUCAGCCAGAGUGAUGUGCGCGCUGUUCUGCAGUGGGGAGUGAGAGAAAAGUGUGGGGAGUGAAGGGAUUCAGACAAGAAGAACAGCAAUUGUUGGAGGUCUUCACUGCAAGUUCGUAGCAUGCAGAUCCCGGGCUUCCUGCUGGUGGUGACGGCGCUCGGCGGCCUGCUGUGGGCCGGCUACCUGCACGCCGUCUGGUACGGCUCCCGGCUCGAGCUCACCGGCGGCUACUCAUGCACAGAGGAGGUGAUCCACUACGGUGAACAUGAAAUGCCAAAACCCUGCCGUUCGCCCCAGAAGCAGCUUAACAAAUCGGAGGAGGGGGCGAGCGAGGGACGCGCCGCCGGCAAUGACACGGACGAUGACCUGGACCCCGGCCUGGCGCCCGACUCGGACGGACCUUCCACCCUGGAGAGGCUGGCCCCCGCCAUCGCAGAGUGCUUUGCCGUCAUCCUUUGCGGCUAUCUGGCCGGCCGAACGGGGCUGAUUCGCCCGAGCGAGGUGUCCGGGCUGAACAAGUUUGUCGGCAACUUCGUCCUGCCGGCUCUCAUAUUCUUGUCAAUGGCAAACCUGAACUUCAAGAGUGUGAACUGGGGCUUUCUCAUGAUCGUCUACGGUGCCAAGGCGCUGGUGUUUGUCAUUGUCGUCGUCGUGACAGCUGCUGCUUCCUAUCCCACCAACUUGGGACGGGCUGGACUCUAUGGCAUUUUCGCCACGCAGUCCAACGAUUUUGCGCUGGGCUACCCUCUAGUGCAGGCGCUAUACGCCAAGACGCACCCGGACUUCGCCAGCUACCUGUACCUGGCGGCGCCGUCCUCGCUGAUGAUGCUGAACCCGGUGGCAUUCGUGCUGAUGGAGCUGCAGCGAACGAGGUCGGCCUCCAAGGCCUCUGCGCCCUGGUGGUCCACCGGUCACCGCGUGCUCACCGGGAUCGGCACCAACCCGGUCGUGUUCAUGACGUUCCUGGGCAUCGUCGCCAACGGCGUGUUCCAACAGUGCCUGCCCAAUAUUCUGGAGGGCAUUCUGAGGGUGCUCGGACAAGCGUUCUCGGCAUCGGCGCUGUUCAUGCUCGGUAUUCAGAUGGUGGGCAAGGUCAAAUCCAUGCGCGGGUCAGCCAUGCUAGUGCCCGUGCUCCUUAUCUCCAUCAAAUGCUUCCUGCUGCCGCUCAUAAUCCGCGGCCUGCUGGUGCACUUUCCGCCCGCCGGCGAGCACAUCCGCGACUUCCAGGAGUUCGGCUUCCUGCUGGGCACAUUCCCCACCGCACCCGGCGUGUUCGUGUUCGCCACACUCUACAACAUCGACGUCGACAUGCUGUCCAGUGCCCUAGUGGCCUGCACCUUCCUGGCCACGCCGUUCAUGCUGCUCUCGGCUCGCAUGGCGUCGAUUGGCGUGGUAAACGUGACUGAGUACGUGUCGUCGCUGCGCCACUUUGUGCUCUACACCACGUCCGUCGGCGCCGCCACGCUCGCCUGCGUCAUCGCCGUGCUGCUCGUGACGCGCAAACACCAGCGCGUGCCCUACCAGACCACGAUCCACCUGCUGCUGGCCCAGCUGCUGGCAGCCAUCGGCGCGCUGUUCUGGUACUCGCUGGACGACGCCGUGCCGUGGCAGUUGUACCUCAAGUACGUGAUGUUCACGCUGGGCCAGUUCGCCGGCCGGGUGUGGGCGGCGCUGCUGGCCGUGACGCUGACGCUGGUCAGUCGGUACACGGUGGGCGUGGUGCGCCGCCUCUCCACGGCCAGUCUUCUGUUCGGCUGGGGCCUGUACAAUCCGGACUCUUCUGCGAUGGAUGCGGCCAAGUCCUGUCCGGAGCAGGACUGCAUUUCCUCGGACACGUCCAGCGUCAUUCGGGACCGGGACGAGGAGUUCCACACUCUGCGUCACUCGCUGCUGCUCAUCUCGCUCGCCUGGUCUAUGGUCGUGAGUAUGUUCUUGUGCGGGUGCAGCCUGCCAGUACAGCGCGAGGGCAAGAUGGGCGGAGUCUACAUCCAGCUGACGUUCAUCGACACCAUCAUCAACUUUGGCCAGGGCGUCCUCGCCUUCUUCGUGCUCGGUCUCGACCCCGAGGCCUUCCUAAUGCCACUGCGCAGCAGGUGGAUGCGUCUGCGGUACGGCGGCUCCUGCUUUGGCUCGGCCCUGCGGCGCAAGGCGUCCCGUCCGAGCGACGAUCACGACCACGUGUGCCAGAAGUUCAUCGACUUCUACCUGGAGCAGUGCAUCCAGGAGAUCGUGCGCGAUCGCAGGGUGCAGCAGAAGCUCCUACACGACGUGUUCCUGGGCACGGAGCUGGUGGACUGGCUGCUGCUGCAGGGGCUGGCCGGCAGCAGGCGCGCCGCCGUCCGCUACGCGCGCCGCCUGGUGGCCGGCGGCCUGAUCGAGCACCACCAGCAGACCUACCACUUCCACGACAUGCCCUUCUGGUACCGGCUGACGGCCACCUUUCGCGAGGGCAACGAGCCACGUGCCAAGAUCUCCACCGUCAGCACCACCAUCGUCAACGUCGACUGACUCCGGACCUGACUCUCGGGCAGCGCUCCGGCCGUCAACGAGACUUCACCCUUCGGCUGUAAAGCCAUUGUUUCCCCUGUCUGUGACGUUUGGCUGUUUAGUGUUUAGCUGACUUCUCGCGGCCCCUGAGAACGCCCGUGAGGCGAGAGCCGGCGCCUUGCCCCUCCCUGGCUGUGUCCUGCUGGGAGUCGGGUCACACCGGCUGGACCGGCGGUCCCCCGGCGCGGCUGGGCGGCUGGCCAGCGAGGUGCACCGUUCGCCGCUGGUCACCAGGUCGGCGAUGAGGUAAAGCAGGGUCAGACACUUUUCACUGCGUGGCUGCGUGUGAUGCGUGCGCCAGUCCGUCAUAACCGAAUUAGUAAAUGAUGGACAUGUAAGGAAGAUGUUCUGCAUGGUAUAAUACUGUACAUUCUGGACAAGAGGUUUAUUUACGCAAAACGGAAUGAGUUCGACUUUACGUCACUUUGUUUCAAUAUUAGAGAAAUGUUCUUGUAAGCCUGCGUAUAAUGUAUAUUUGUUUUAUGUUAAUGGCUUUGCCAUGACGUGCAGCUCAUAGUGACGAAGCACAGGACAUGAUACAUUGAUUUAAAGGUGGAAGCAAAUGACCAUGUGAUUGAAAAGUAUGCAUGGCUCCGGAACAAUCUUGUACUAUGUAAUAUUCAGGACAACAUUCUGAACCCCCGUACACGUAAAACCCCACGCCUGCAACGGCGCAGGUUUUGAUCGGUAUGAAGCCCCUGAGGUCAUAUUUGGCAAUGCUGCGGCCAGCAAAAGGCGCGGCCGUCUGAUGGGCGGCUAUAGUCCGCUCGCGCAGGCGAAGGCUGCUGGUGUUUUUGGCCUGUUAGAGUAGCCAUCUUAUUCCGUAGGACUUGAACGAUAAGUGCAUACAAUGUUGUAGGGUACGUUGUCGAUUGUUAAACAAGAUUGUGAUGCGUUUAGACAGCACUCAUGCGGGCAGCAUGGCGUGACAAUGUUGAAAUAAAUUAUCUCC